AUGACCGGUGACGUCGACUGCCGAAUGUCGCCCGAACAAGGGCGGAGGAAGGAGGAAGUCGUGACAUGUUCUGGACAUCCACUGUCAGAGAGGCCUAAGUCCAGUGAUCUGGCUCCACCUCACAGAGUGCGGACCAAACGCUGUGCCUGCACCAACCAGCUGGACUCUGAAUGCCACUACUUUUGCCAUCUUGACAUCAUCUGGGUCAACACACCAAGUAAGACCACUGUUUACGGCUUGGGCAGCCCUCUGUCACGUCGCCGUAGGUCUGCCGGUCCCUGUGUGUGUGCGGACUCUAGCUUCUGUCUGGACAGCUCAGAUAACUCUUCACCCCAGACUGCCAUUAAGAGCUCCCGUGCCAACCUGUUGACUUUCCUUAGAUAUAUGGUCAGAGCCUCUGAGAGAACCAGGGGAUGGGCCUUCCCACCCAGGAAGGAAGCAACCAGGGCCCCUGGGCUUGAUGAGCGCUAAACGACAUGGCAUGGCAGACAGAGUGAGGAGAGAAGAGCGAGUACCAGAACAAAUUACACUACUCUAACAUGGAGAGGAGCAGAACAAAGGGCUGCUGGUAGAGAGAUGUGUCACAUGCAGGAAGGCCACAGAUCAGUGGGACUGCUUGUUUGUUUGUCGGUUUGUACCCAUAAAUAAAGGUUGGAAAACAAAAUGUGA